AUGGCAGAUGAGGUCCCUAAUCCAAAGAGGAUAAAGUUCCCUUACCAAGGAAGAAGGGAUGAUAGCAAGUACUAUAAAUAUCACCGCAAUUAUGGGCACCACACGGGAGAUGCAACACCCAUGGACAUCCAUACACGAAUUGAGGUUAACGACAAACCAGAAGUGUCUCGGGUAUACAUACCCACCAUUUCAAGAGGGCCAAUUGUGGCUGGCAAUUCAAACAGAGCCAUAAAUGGCUAUGCAAGGGCUUACCGACGUAAGGCUUCCGAGAUCAUGGUGAUGGAAGUAACUGAGAAUCCACCCAUCCGAUCCACAGCAGAGAACGCGCCGAUCACAUUCUUCCCUGGAGACAUGACGGGCAUCACUUUCCCCCAUCACGAUCCCUUGGUAAUCUCCGCCAAAAUAGCCCAUUGUAAGGUGGCUCAUGUAUUCCUAGAUGGGGGUAGUUCCGUGAACAUCGUCUUUCUCAAUGCCUUCAAACAGCUAGGAGUUAGUGAGAGGCUCCUCGAUUAA